AAGCACCUCCGACUCUGCCGGGCCUCUCCUCUGCAGGAAUGGUCAAAGUCCGAUUGAGGAAAGCUUUGAGGACGAGAGAGGAGCGGGGGAGGAGGAGUCGACCCGGCAAAGACCUCUCCGAGUACCGAGUCACACGAAAAUGACUCCCAUCAGAUAGCCCGCUUGACUCUAAUGCUGUCUGGGUUCAUGUGAAGGAGUGACACACAGUAAAGUGAUGCAGAACAGACGGUUAAAGUUUGAUUAAAACAGAAAAAGGUCUAAAAAAUGACCCGUCACGGAAAGAACUGCACGGCCGGAGCGGUUUACACCUACCACGAGAAGAAAAAGGACACCGCUGCGUCUGGUUAUGGGACACAGAGCAUUCGACUGGGCAAAGAUGCGAUCAAAGACUUCGACUGCUGCUGUCUGUCUCUUCAGCCCUGUCAGGAUCCUGUCAUAACGCCAGAUGGAUACAUGUAUGACAAACAGGCCAUCCUUGAGUACAUUCUUCACCAGAAGACAGAGAUUGCCAAGAAAAUGAAGCUGUAUGAGAAGCAGAAGAAAGAACAGAAGAGCACCAGCAACCUGGAGUCCAAGUCUGGGGAGAGAGAGACGGUGCAGAGGUUCAAGACCAUGGAGAACAGCAUCGUCUCCAAACCUAUCAACCCCUUUGUUUCAGGGCAGAAGAAGGGCAGUGAGGUGGCUAAACCAGCCAGCAGCUCGGCAGAAUCCUCGUCUGGAUCCUCGGCCUCAUCAUCCAGCCAGAGCCUGCCCAGUUUCUGGAUUCCCUCUCUGACCCCAGAGGCCAAACCCACGCUGCUGAAGAAACCAAGUAAGACAGUCUUGUGUCCCAUGUCAGGACGUCCCAUCAAGAUGAAUGAGCUUAUCGACGUACGCUUCACUCCCGUUGACCCCAGCUUGGCCCGAGUGGCUUUACUCACCCGUCAGGACAGGUACGUGUGUGCCGUCACCAGAGACGUCCUGGCCAACAGCAUCCCCUGUGCUGUGCUGAGACCCUCGGGGGCCGUGGUGACCAUGGAGUGUGUGGAGAAGUUGAUCAAGAAGGACAUGAUGGACCCGAUGACAGGAGACAAACUGUCCGACAGAGAUAUCAUACCACUGCAGCGGGGUGGAACUGGUUUUGCUGGAUCUGGUGUUGCUCUCAGAGCCAAAGAAGCUCGUCCAGUGAUGCAAGUGUGACCCAAGAUAAAGACGGCGGGCCGGCGGUGGCCUCACACGGAUGAGGCUGUAAACUUCACACCUGCAGAGAAAAACAUCUUCAUCGCUUCAAUGACUUUUUACUUUUUUCAUCUGUAUUUUUUUUCAGUUUAACAAUUCAAUUCUUAAUAAAUUGAUAUUUAGUCUUUUUUAUGAA